UUAAGACGUCCCCUGUCUCUUUAAAUGUUAAGCUAAGUCAUGGUGGAGUUCAGUAAUGUUAGUACCGUACAUGACCGUUGGCAGCUACGUAACAAGAAAGUUUUACUCAUCCUUCGUUUCGACUUCUUUCACUUUCUUUCUCCUCACACGGUGCUGGGUUAACAUUUCAGUGUCCAGAAUUAACGUAGGCAGCAAAUAGCUGGACUUCACGGAGCACUUUCUGGCAGAGAGUAAUAUUUCUCAACAGGAACAGUUACACAGACACAUUUAGGUGCUCUGCUAUUCCAGGCACUCCAUUAACACUGUUGCAUGGGAAUACUUGGGCGCACCCCCCCCAAAGUAUACUGACAGCCAUUAAGUAACUUCAGGAUGGAGGAAGAGACAUUGCCUGCUAAACUUGAAGUGUAUGAGGAGGGUGGGGAAGGGGACACGAAAGAUGCAAAACCUGAUCGUAAAGGAAGAUUUCCUCUCUCUGGAAAUACAUCCCGGGACGAUGAAAAAAAAUUGCCUGAAGUUUCAGUUAAAACUAAAGUGUCUGAGAAGGACAGUGGGGAAGAAGAUGCAACAGAUGCAAAACCUGAUCGUAAAGCAAGAUUUCUUCUUUUUGGAAGUAAGAAGAAUAAGGAUGGCAAGUUGCGGGAAAAGGACCAUUCUUCUGAAGGCCAUUAUAGGAUUGUUUCACCAGCAUUCCAGUAUAAGAUGAGCCACCGGCGAGUGGGCAAGUGCAUCAUCAUCAACAACAAGAACUUUGAUGAAAAGACAGGGAUGAAUGUACGCAAUGGCACGGACCGGGAUGCAGGAGAGCUCUUCAAGUGCUUUAAGAACCUAGGUUUUGAAGUUUUCAUCUAUAAUGACCAAACCUGUGCGAAAAUGGAACGGUUGUUGAAAGAGGUCUCGGAGGAAGAUCACAGUGACAGCUCGUGCUUUGCCUGCAUCUUACUAAGCCAUGGAGAGGAGGGUAUGAUCUAUGGAACAGAUGGGGCUAUGCCCAUCAAGAGCAUGACCUCACUCUUCAGAGGAGACAUGUGCAAGAGCCUUGUGGGCAAGCCCAAGCUCUUCUUCAUCCAGGCUUGUCGAGGUUCAGAAUUUGAUGAUGGCAUACAGACUGACUCAGGACCACCCAAUGACACCAUAGAAACAGAUGCAAAUCCUAGGCACAAGAUCCCAGUAGAGGCAGAUUUCUUGUUUGCUUACUCCACUGUACCAGGUUACUACUCGUGGAGGAAUCCAGGCCGGGGUUCUUGGUUCGUCCAGGCUCUUUGUAACGUCCUCAAUGAGUUUGGCAAGCAGCUGGAAAUAAUGCAGAUCCUCACACGGGUUAAUUACAUGGUGGCAACCUGUUUUGAGUCCUGGUCUGAAGAUCCACGCUUCAGUGAAAAGAAGCAAAUCCCCUGUGUGGUCUCCAUGCUGACCAAAGAGCUUUACUUCAACUAAUGACUUUACGACCACCUCAGACCAUCUUCACAGCUUUUGUACAUUCAGGACUUUGUACACAGUACACACAUCCUAUUUUAUCAUUUCUUGCUUUUGACCACAACUGGUAAGAAGAAAAUGCCACUUGCUGCCUAUGCUUUUACAUUUAUGUUAUAUCAGCACAAAUUACAUAUCAGGCAGUAAAAACUCAAUAGACUGACUGACUUACUGACUGACUGACUGAUGUGACCAAGCGGUCUCAAUAUUCAGGGAUGAUCCAGACCCAGCUGGAACCGGUGUUGUUUGUGUGUGAAAGCAAUUUAUUUCCUGUGUUACGCUGGGCACUUAGUAGAUUUUUCAAAAAGUGCUUCUUCAGUGGCACUCCACGUUCACAUGUUGGUAGUGAUACGUUGCCUCUUCGAGUUAUUCCAUGGAACACUGACGUCACUGUUCUUUGUCUACUGGCAGUGUGAAAUAUCCAUGUUAUUUUACCAACUUGAAAGGUUUGCUGCCAUUUUCUGUGAGAAAUUGGAGCGAGUAGAUGCUCAUAUUUUAAAAAAUCGUUUUUUUCCUAUUUCAGCUUUGGCCCUUUUUAGUACCAGCUAUAUAUAACAAAUUUGAAUAAUGUGACUAUUGUAUCUAUGGCCAAAAGGCACUAAUGGGAUUUAGGAGGAGUUGCAGAAAUUACAAGAGGAACAACAUACAGUGAAUCAGGUGUCAAAAGCCAGCAUUGGCUAGACCUGUAGUUUUAAUAGUUUGUGAACAUCUAUCCUUACUGCUUUUGAGAGACUGAACCUCACCACAUCUACACCUAUCACAGAUAACAAGAACCUAUUGCCCUACUUUCAGAUUAGUAGGGUUGAAGUAUAUGGAGUCUGUACACGGGUUGUUUACAUGAGAAAGUACCUCCUUCAUUAGCUACCUUGCCAGCAAAACAAGGAGGGCUUGAAAAUGCAUCUUAAUAUACGAAGUCGGAAAUGAUGAAGUCGGCAGUGAAACAUCACUAUUUUUUAUUGCUCGUCUUUCCAACUUUGGCUGGUGCAGUCUAUGAAUAUUUAUCAAUGUCUUGUUCUGGCUUGAAUUCAGUUGGUAGUUUUGUGAUUGUAAUUUUGGCCAAGAAAUCUUAGCUUUCACAGUUUAUGUCACGAAGGAUUGAUAAGUAUUGUGAAAGACACUGGCUUUAUCUGCCAAAGUUUAGGAAAGUGUGCCCUAAGCUGUAAACCUAAAGCACAAGUGGCCAUUUGUUUGAUUUUAGCUCGGUUGAGGUGGUCUUGCCAGUCCAGGGUUCAAAAGAGUUGGACAAUGAAAGGGCAUGAAUGAGUUUGGAGUGACAUAGUUGAGGGUAAAGUAUUUAAAUAUCUUGAAACUAUUGUUUUUCAUAACUGUCAGUCUAUCUUGCAUUUCUUCAGGUGGUGGUUGUGAGUUAAACACCAAUUUAUCUGAUUUAAACAAAGAAACCAUCUAAUUGGUGUAUCAGAGGUGCCCUUUAAAAGCGCAUUAAUGGCUUGAAAGUUGUCAUUUGAUAUUCACCUGAUGUUCUGUCUUGAAUCUAGUUCAUAAUCUACAGAGGCAGCUACUGUAUUACUGGUGACAAGUUUAUCCAUUUAAGCACACGACUAUCCCAGCCAGCUGGAUUUCCUAUUGCUGCAAGAAUACAGCAGUGUUGUAGCAAGGCUUAGGUCAUUUGACAUCUUUGGAACGGUUGAUUUUAUUUCUUUUAUUUCUUCUUGUUUUUUUUUUUUUAUGUAUUCCUUAGUCGCUCAUUCACUUUUCUUCUGGAUUACACAGUACUGUCAGUGAUUUAAUCAGAUUCUGAUGGAACAGUAUAGUGAUCACUGUUCUGCUGGUGGAACAGAUAAACCUGUCAGUCAACCCAGCUUUCUCUUAUA